AUGAACAUUAUUUUUUACCUUUUCUUUUUGAUUAUAUUUUUCCAAGAAAUUAAUGUUUCAUGUAACGGAAAUGUGAAGAAGAUUAAGUCUAGUUUGAAAAGUGGUACAACUAAUAAUGAUUCACCUGUACAAGAAGACAAGCAUAAAUUGAAAUCAGAGAAUUCAAGUGCAGAAAAUUCAAUUGAUUCUAGUGUACCUGAAAAUAUUGAUGAAAAUCAAGAAAAAAAUUUUGUUUCUCCAUUUACCAGAGAUCGUAAUAAGGCAAUUAAAAUAAAGGGUAGAAAACUUAUGAGUAAGCCUGAACGCUCACUUAAAGGAAAAAGAUUACGUGGUUCAGAUGAAGAGAAAGAAGGAUAUUCCCUUAGCAAAAAGGAAGAUGUAACCUCGUUAGGUAUUCCAAGUGAUCAUAUACAUGUAGACCAAGAAAUAGUGCAUCCCCAGGGAGCCGAAGAAAAUCCGUUGCAAGUUAAUGGUAUUAUAGAAAAACAAAAGAAAGAAGAAGAAGGAGAAGAAGAAAGAGCAGAAAGCGAAGGAGUAGAAGAAAGAGCAGAAGGCGAAGAAGUAGAAGAAGAUAAAGAUGAAGAAAAAAAAAAAGGACUAAGAGGAGAACAACAAAAAGAAAAGAUUAGAUCAGGAUUAGAGAAAGAAACGGUAAAGAGAGAACAAGAAGAAAAGGAUAGGCUUCAAAGGGAGCUAGAAAAAGAGGGAUUAGAUAAAGAGAAAAAAUCUCACCUUGAAGAAGAAGGAGUACCAACACAUAAAAAUGUGGAUGAAUCGUUAAUAGUAAAUCCCCCUUUAUUUGAACCAUUUAAUGGGGCUGAAGAGGACCAUGAAGUAAUUGAAAGCGACGAAGAACAAGAAGAGAGAAGCCAGAAAGAACAUUUUGAAUCAGAAGAUAAGGGGAUAGAAGAAGGAGAAGAGGAAGAAGGUGAAGAACUUGAAGAACAUGAUGAAAUUGAAGAAGGGGAAAACGUAUCAAAAGACGCAUCAGAAAAUAAUAUCUCAGAAAAAGAAAGUUCACAUGAAAAUGUAGAAGUAAAACACGACAAAAAGGAAGAAGAAAAACAUAAAAAAAAACAAUUUUUUAAAAAUGAUGAUGAAGAACACAUGGACAAUUUAUCUGAUCAUGAACAUGUAAAUGUCGAUAAUAUUGUAAAGGAUCCCGAAAGAGGGGUGAAAAAUUUUAUUAACUUACUUGAUGGUGAUCUUGCCGUUAUAAAUAUAAUUAAAGGUCAAGCAGGAAAUAUAUCUAAAACGGUUUUACAUUUCUAA